GUAAGAAUUCUUGUAAUAACAACAUAGCAGUUGAUCACCCACUUGUUAUUCAAAACAACCGAACUGCAGGGAAGACUUUUCUAAUCCCAGAAUAUAGGUAUAAGCUUGAUGUCUACCGCAGAGAAAAUGUCUACCGCAGAUUUGAUGGAGAAUCUCAGAGAAGAACUCACCUGUUUUAUCUGCCUGGACUAUUUCAACAGCCCAGUGACCACUGAGUGUGGGCACAGCUUUUGCCUGAUGUGUCUCCUCAAGAGCUGGGAGGAACAUAACACGCCUUUAUCUUGUCCUGAGUGCUGGAGGACCUUGGACGGCCCCCAUUUCCAGCCCAAUGAGCGUUUGGGGAGGCUGGCCUCUAUUGGCAGGCAACUCAGAUCACAGGCGUCACAGAAUGAGGACGAACAAGGCAACUUUGGGAGAGUAGGAGCAGCAGCAGCGGCAGCAGUAGCUGCUGCAACUACUAAGGUGUUCUCUGAUGAUGAGCAGAGUACAAAUUCUUUCUCAAUCCCAUGUCAUGGAAUAAACCGAGUGUAUCUUUCAAGUGAGGCUGAGGAACAACACAAAGAAAAACUCCAUGAAAUCCUAAAUCUUUUGCGUAAAAAGAGAAAGGAAGCUCAGGUUAUACUGACCCAUGAGAAGGAGAGAGUGAUACUGUGUAAGGAAGAGACAGAGACAUGUAAACAAGUUGUUGUGUCAGAGUAUAUGAAAAUGCAACAGUUCCUGAGGGAAGAGGAGCAGCUGCAGCUUCAGUUACUGGAAAAGGAGGAGAGAGAAAACGUGAAGAAACUGAGGGACAGUGAGAUCCAGCUGACCCAGCAAAUCAGAAGCCUAAGCAAGAUGAUUGGGCAGAUCGAGUCUGCAUUUCAGAACUCAACCAUAGAAUCUUUUGAGGAGGUGAGAAUAGCACUGGAAAGGAGUGAGUCGCUCUUGCUUCAGUGUCCAGAGGCCACCACCACAGAACUGAGUCUGUGCCGCGUCACUGGAAUGAGAGAGAUGCUACGAAAAUUCAGCUCGGAGAUAACCCUGGAUCCAGCCACAGCCAACGCCUAUCUAAUCCUGUCUGAGGACCUGAAAAGUGUGCGAUACGGAACAACACGACAGCAGUUGCCUGACAACCCGGAACGAUUUGACCAGUCUGCAACGGUGUUGGGUGCUCAGAUCUUUAGCACUGGGAGGCACUACUGGGAGGUGGAAGUGGGAAACAAGACGGAGUGGGAAGUAGGCAUCUGCAAGGACUCAGUGAGCAGAAAGGGGAACCUGCCGAAGCCCCCCGGGGACCUUUUCUCACUCAUAGGGUUGAAAAUCGGAGACGAUUACAGUCUUUGGGUCUCAUCCCCUUUAAAAGGCCAGCAUGUUAAAGAGCCUGUACACAGGGUUGGUGUUUUCUUAGACUAUGAACGUGGACACAUAGCAUUCUAUAAUGUGACAGAUGAGUCCCUCAUCUACAGUUUCCCGCCAGUCUCUUUCCAAAAUUUAGGCCUCAGGCCUAUCUUUUCCCCUUGUCUCCCAAAUGAAGGAACAAAUACAGACCCUCUGACCAUCUGCUCACUGAACAGCCAUGCCUGAGCAACGCCUUGAGCUUCCCUGAGAAUGUGGGCUAAAACCAACAAAUGACUGCUGAUUAAGAUGAUUAAUGCGUUGACAGUAUGAAUAUCGGGUGAUCUGAACAACUCCCCUCCUUGAGAGUUUCCAUUGACUUGCGCCCUCAUUGAACAUUCCUAUUAGACAAUCAACUUCAACAUCGCUGUUCAUAUCCUGUGUUGUUAACUUCAUUCAUCAUUCAGGCUACCCCGUGUGUGUGUUGUCACCCAAAUCAUGGGGGCAGAACUAGCCUUUCUUACCUUGUAUCCCACCUAGGCC